AUGGCUGUCGUUAUCACAAUUGGCGUGAUGUCGUGCGGCAUCAUUAUCGAUGAAGUCCAGGCAGCUUUUAUUGACUGUGUUUUCGUAAACUACCCUAUUUUGCAUAGAAAAAUGAUUUCCACCAAAACUCUCAUGUCGUUGCGCCGCGCUUUCCAACCAAAGGUGAACUUUCUGAGCAGUUGGGGUCGCUCGCUAGCCACCUAUGGAGUUGGUGCCACUGUACUGGUCAUCUAUCUCAUCGACUGGCGUGUCGUUGUCAAAAGAAUCCCUUUCUACAGGCAAAAGUUUGAAGAGAAGACGAUUGAGUAA